CUAGGGUCUGCCCGGCGCGAGCCGCGGGGUUGAGACCACACCUCGCCACGAGAGUCUUUGUGCAAGACUCUCACGGGGGACCCGGAAAUGGACAGAUGGAAGGGGAAAAGGUGCCGGAAGCGAGAGAUUUUCCCGACCCCUUAGCCCCAAAUCUCCCUCGUUUUCACGGGUCAAGGUUCACCAAACGGGGCUUAAGGUCCGCCCCAUACAUCCCACCUGGCCCCGUACCAAUAGGCUUUGUGGUAUGCACUCACUUCGGACACGUUUCGUAUCACAUUUCGACUUAUCAUUCCCAUUGUACCCUCGAUAUUAAUCUCAACUUCCCCAAAGGCGCACAGUCGUCAGGUUCUGGGAGCACGCGGGGCGGUGAUCGCAUUUCAAACGGCCAUUCAUCCCGGAGAUGCGACGCGGAUAACGUCCUCUCUUAUCGUGCGUACAGCGAGCACGGGGUGGCCGGGGCGGGCGGUGCUUCACCAGGGAACGUCUCCCAUCGGGAUGGCCACCAUGUUAUCGAUCCAAGCCCAGGCAUGGCGGCGGGGGGCGGUUACGGGGGUCGCUGCACCGGCCAUGUUAGGACCACGGAGGAAAAACGAGGGACGAGAGAAAAGAUUCGCGUCUGCUGCCAACACGUGUCAGGGGGAGGAAAAGCGUCCAUAUGUUCUGUGUCAUCAUCAUCAUCCUCAUCAUCGUCACCGGGGUUGGUCACCGGUACCGUGGUACUCGCAGGUUGUUGUGGGAGGACACGCGCCAGGUCUGUGCGUAAGCAAGCCAGGAUUAAUGUGGGGAGGUUGGGCAGGAAGGAGAGGGAAAGCGAUAGGAGAGGAGGAGGAGGAGGAGUAGGAAUGAGGCAAGGCAGUGAACAUGCUAAUUCAACUAAUUAUCCUCAUAAUGGUUUGGCUUUUCCGUCUCAAACGUUUGAUCACGGGCCUGAUAAUGAGACAUGGCGAGGGAAAUCAUCACCGGCAAGGCAAAGGCAGAGCUCUCCAACCCGGGGAGGGGAGAGUGUGGUAGGCCUACGGGGGAGUUAUUUAGGCAGUAGGGACGAAGUAGGAAUGGGGGGUGGGUGUUUAGGCGAGUUUACGGCCCCCCUGAGAGACGUAGCAGGGCGUAAUCUCGACAACCAAUUUAAACCCGGACAAAUCUCAAUUAUGCCCUGCCCUUUUCAUCAGUCCAACAGAAAAGGCUCAUCUGUCAGUUGUAUGGCUAAACCCGAUAAAAAACGAGCAGAAGAACUCCGAGGAAGUAUUAAAACCCCGAAACCGCUGGCUCAUUCAAACGGAAAGAAAACCGCAGCCCUUGCGUGUUUCAGUGACUCAGGAUCCUCCGCGCUCAUUACGUUUCCCGUCAACUUCCAGGGUCACGCAUCAUCGGAACAACACAGUCAGUUUAAGCCCCGCGUUCUUGCGCAGACUCCUCGCGUCCCGGCCCAGCUCACGCGUCAUUUCUCGGAAGCCCACCUGACCGCGCGCCGCGGUGACUCAGGCGCGCACCUCGGAGUGAAGCUCGCUUCAGCACCGAGGACAGCUCCGGGGGAAGGGCAUUCAAACUCCUCGCGUAUCGCUCCGAACGAGGACACUGACUCACCUACACGUCAGUUCAAGCAGGAGUUCACGGUAUAUGUGUGGAGUGGAUACAACGUUAAUAACAAUAAUGGCAAUAAUAACAACAACAAUAACGUCAAAAGUGUGGACAAAACCCCCAAUGGUAACAACCACGAAGAAUCUGCGAGCGUCCAGUGGCCGUCUCCUCAAACGGCGGGACACCGAUCCGAUUCAACCGUCGGACAGGUGUCCCCCGAUGAUCAGAGCGCAGCAACGCGCCCCCAGAUCUCCCUGUCCCGGCAGCGGCGGGGGGGCGGCUCCCUGAGACAGUUCCCUCACAUCUUGCGCGCCGACAGCUUAGCCGCCGACCGGGAGGGCACGCGCACGCAAUUAAAAUCCGGUAAGCGAGUGCCGUUGGAUCCCAAAGGUGUCAGUCAUUCGGAGAGCUGGCAGAUGGUGACUGAGGACGAGGGAGAAGGGGAGAGGGAGGCGGAAGCCGAGCGACGGGCUGGAGGGGAAUUACAGGUGGGGGAGGGGGAGGGCGGGACCAGCGUCGCUCGGCAGGGGGAGGCAGCGGCGAUCGGGGAGGUGGGAGUUUGGGUGAGCACCGCGAUCCUGACAAAGACAAGGCAGGAAAACGGGACUGCUUGGGGACUGGAGGAAGUGGGAGGAGGGGCGGAGACAGGGAGAGGUCAGGAGAGGGCCAGCGGGGGAGAGGAGCCCAGCAUGGGCAGAGCGGAGGGGGGGGGGCAGGGGAAGGAGGAGGAGGGUCAGAGUUCAAGGGGAGAGAGGAAGCUGGACUGGCUGAUUAUAGAGGCGGAGGCCGGGGCCCCGGAGGAGCUGAGGGAGGAGGAGGAGGAGGAGGAGCCAGGGAAGGGGGAGGGCUUGCCACGCCCCCGUCGGGCGGCAAACCGGCAACCCAACUUCUCCCUGUACAACUACCAGGUCCAGAUCCCUGAGAACCAGCCGCCCGGCACCUCGGUCAUGGCCAUGUCCGCCACGGACCCCGACGGCGGGGACGGGGGCCGGGUGGUCUACUCCAUGGCCCCGCUGAUGAACAGCCGCUCCUCCGACUUCUUCCACAUCAGCCCCGAGUCGGGGCUCAUCAGCAGCACCCAGGUGCUGGACCGCGAGCACAUGGACCUGCACUACUUCCGGGUCACGGCCACGGACUCGGGGUCGCCGCGCCUCUCGGGCACCACCAUGGUGGCCAUCACGGUGGCCGACCGCAACGACCACUCGCCCAUCUUCGAGCAGACGGAGUACCGGGAGACCAUCCGGGAGAACGUGGAGGAAGGCUACCCCAUCCUGCAGCUGCGGGCCACCGACCUGGACUCGCCGUCCAACGCCAACAUCCGCUACCGCUUCAUCGGGGACACGGUGGGGCAGGCGCGGGCUGCCUUCGAGGUGGACCCCCGCUCGGGGCUCAUCACCACGCGGGGCUCGGUGGACCGCGAGACCAACGAGCACUACACGCUGCAGGUGGAGGCCAGCGACCAGGGCAAGGAGCCCGGCCCGCGGUCGGCCACCGUGCGCGUCUUCAUCACCGUGCUGGACGAGAACGACAACGUGCCGCAGUUCAGCGAGAAGCGCUACGUGGUGGCGGUGCGGGAGGACGUGCGGCCGCACUCGGAGAUCCUGCGGGUGAGCGCCACGGACCACGACAAGGACGGCAACGCCGCCGUGCACUACAACAUCAUCAGCGGCAACAGCCGCGGGCAGUUCAACAUCGACAGCGUGACCGGGGAGAUCCAGGUGGUGGCGCCGCUGGACUACGAGGCGGAGCGGGAGUACACCCUGAGGGUGCGCGCCCAGGACAACGGGCGCCCGCCCCUGUCCAACAACACGGGCAUCGUCAGCGUGCAGGUGACCGACGUCAACGACAACCCGCCCAUCUUCGUGUCCACGCCGUUCCAGGCGUCGGCCCUGGAGAGCGCCCCGAUCGGCAGCUCCAUCCUCCACAUCCAGGCCAUCGACACGGACUCCGCGGACAACGCGCGGCUGGAGUACCGGCUGACGGGCACGGGAACGGACACGCCGUUCGUCAUCAACGGCGCCACGGGGUGGGUCACGGUGCGCUCGGCCCUCGACCGGGAGUCGGUGGAGCACUACUUCUUCGGCGUGGAGGCCCGGGACUACGGCAUGCCCCCUCUGUCCGCCACGGCGAGCGUGACCAUCACGGUGAUGGACGUCAACGACAACCGGCCCGAGUUCGUCCAGAAGGAGUACUUCUCGCGUCUGAACGAGGACGCGGUGGUGGGCACCAGCGUGGCCAGCGUCACGGCGGUGGACCGCGACGUCAACAGCGCCGUCACCUACCAGAUCACCGGGGGCAACACCCGCAACCGCUUCGCCAUCAGCACGGCGGGCGGGGCGGGGCUGCUGUCCCUGGCCCUGCCGCUGGACUACAAGCAGGAGCGGCGCUACGUGCUGACGGUCACCGCCUCCGACCGCACGCUCCACGACACCUGCCAGGUGCACGUCAACAUCACGGACGCCAACACGCACCGGCCCGUGUUCCAGAGCGCCCACUACUCCAUCAGCGUCAACGAGGACCGGCCGCCCGGCAGCACGGUGGUGGUGAUCAGCGCCACGGACGACGACGUGGGCGAGAACGCCCGCAUCACCUACCUCCUGGAGGACAACAUCCCGCAGUUCCGCAUCGACCCGGGCACGGGCGCCAUCACGCUGCAGGCGGAGCUGGACUACGAGGACCAGAUGACCUACACGCUGGCCAUCACGGCCAAGGACAACGGCAUCCCGCAGAAGUCGGACACCACGUACGUGGAGGUGAACGUGAACGACGUGAACGACAACGCGCCGCAGUUCAUGAGCCCGCGCUACCAGGGCUCGGUGACGGAGGACGCCCCGCCCUUCACCAGCGUGCUGCAGAUCUCCGCCACGGACCGGGACGCGCACGCCAACGGCCGCGUGCAGUACACCUUCCAGAACGGCGAGGACGGCGACGGCGACUUCACCAUCGAGCCCACCUCGGGCAUCGUGCGGACGGUGCGCCGGCUGGACCGCGAGAGCGUGCCCUUCUACGAGCUCACCGCCUUCGCCGUGGACCGCGGCGUGCCCCCGCAGCGCACGCCGGUCCACAUCCAGGUGACGGUGCUGGACGUCAACGACAACGCGCCCGUGUUCCCCGCCGACGACUUCGAGGUGCUGGUGAAGGAGAACAGCGCCGUGGGCUCGGUGGUGGCGCAGAUCACCGCCACCGACCCCGACGAGGGCGCCCACGCCCAGAUCAUGUACCAGAUCGUGGAGGGGAACAUCCCCGAGAUCUUCCAGAUGGACAUCUUCUCGGGCGAGCUCACCUCGCUCAUCGACCUGGACUACGAGGCCCGCAGCGAGUACGUCAUCGUGGUGCAGGCCACGUCGGCGCCGCUGGUCUCGCGCGCCACCGUGCGCAUCCGCCUGGUGGACCAGAACGACAACCGGCCCACCAUGAAGGACUUCCAGAUCAUCUUCAACAACUUUGUGUCCAACCGCUCCAACAGCUUCCCCAGCGGCGUCAUCGGGCGGGUCCCGGCCCACGACCCGGACGCGUCGGACCGCCUGUACUACACCAUCGACCGCGGCAACGAGCUCAACCUGCUGCUGCUCAACCACACCAGCGGGGAGAUCCGCCUGAGCCGGAAGCUGGACAACAACCGGCCGCUGGUGGCGCCCAUGCUGGUCACAGUCACAGACGGCGUGCACCGCAUCUCGGCGCAGUGCGUGCUGCGCGUGCUCAUCAUCACCGAGGACAUGCUGGGCAGCAGCGUCACCGUGCGCCUGCAGAACAUGUCCCAGGAGCACUUCCUGUCGCCGCUGCUCGGCCACUUCCUGGAGGGCGUGUCGGCCGUGCUGUCGGUGCCCGUGGAGGACGUGUUCGUGUUCAACGUGCAGCCCGACCUGGACGCGGCGUCGGCCAAGGACGGGCGCAUGGCAAUCCUCAACGUUAGCUUCUCGGCGGCGCUGCCCGGCGGACAGUACUUCCCCUCGGAGGCGCUGGAGGAGCAGCUGUACCUGAACCGGCCGCGCCUCACCGCCCUGGCCCAGAUGGAGGUCCUGCCGUUCGACGACAACGUGUGUCUGCGCGAGCCCUGCCAGAACUACAUGAAGUGCAUCUCGGUGCUGCGCUUCAACAGCUCCGCCCCCUUCAUCUCCUCCCCCUCCAUCCUGUUCCGGCCCAUCCACCCCAUCGCCGGCCUGCGCUGCCGCUGCCCCGCCGGCUUCACCGGGGACUACUGCGAGACGGAGAUCAACCUGUGCUACUCCAACCCCUGCCUGAACGGCGGCGUGUGCGCCCGCACCGAGGGGGGCUACACCUGCAUCUGCCGGGAGAACUACACCGGGGACCGCUGUGAGGUGGACCGCCGGGGGGGCCGCUGCGUCCCGGGCGUGUGCCGUAACGGGGGGACGUGCCGGGAGCUGUCGGGCGGGGGGUUCCGCUGCGAGUGCCCGGCGGGCGGGGGCUACGAGCGGCCCUACUGCUCCGUCACCGCCCGCUCCUUCCCGCCCAAGUCCUUCGUCAUGUUCCACGGGCUGCGGCAGCGCUUCCACCUCUCCAUCUCCCUCACCUUCGCUACCCUGGAGAGCAACGGGCUCCUGUUUUACAACGGACGCUUCAACGAGAAACACGACUUCAUCGCUCUGGAGAUACAGGAUGGACAAGUGAUGCUGAAGUACUCCACAGGGGAGCUGUCCACUCAGGUGAGCCCCUUCCUACCGGGUGGGGUGAGUGAUGGAGAGUGGCACACCGUCCACAUCCACUACUACAAUAAGCCCAGUACUAUAGGUCGCUAUCCCCGGCGCAGCUCCAGCGGCGAGCCCCAGGGUCCAUCGGACGAGAAAGUGGCGGUGGUGAGCGUGGACGACUGUGACACGGCCGUGUCGCUGCGCUUCGGCCCGCAGCUGGGGAACUACACCUGCGCCGCCCAGGGCCAGCAGACCAGCAGCAAGAAGUCCCUGGAUCUGACGGGCCCCUUGUUCCUGGGUGGGGUCCCCAACGUGCCGGACAACUUCCCAUUCGGGGCAAGAGAGUUCAUUGGCUGCAUGAAGGACCUCCACGUGGAUAGCAAGCCUCUGGACCUGGCGGCCUUCAUCGCCAACAACGGCACCGUCCCUGGCUGCAGCGCGAAGCUACCUUUCUGUAAGUCCAACCCCUGCCAGAACGGAGGAACUUGCAGCGACAGCUGGGAGACCUUCUCCUGUGAGUGCCCCCUGGGGUUCGGAGGAAAGGACUGCAGCCAUGCCAUGCGCCAUGCCCACCGGUUCCUUGGAAACAGCGCCCUCUGGUGGGACCUGAAGAACGACGUGACCAUCUCCACCCCCUGGUACCUGGGCAUGGUGUUCCGGACCAGGGCCCGUGACGGGACCCUGCUACAGGCCCAGGCGGGCCAGUACACCAGUCUGCUGUUCCAGGUGGUGAACGGUCAGCUGGUGUUCUCGGUGACCCGCGGCUCCACCCGGCCCGUGCGGCUGAAGCUGGACCAGGUCCUGGUGGCGGACGGCCGCUGGCACGACCUGCAGCUGGAGCUCAGGGACGUGCGGAGCGGCCGCGAGAUGCGCUACGUCGCCACGCUACGCCUGGACUUUGGCCUCUACCAGGGAACGGUGAUCGUGGGGAAUGAGAUCCACGGGCUGAAGGUGAAACACCUGCAUGUGGGCGGAGUCCUGGGCUCGGGGGAGGUGCAGAACGGCAUCAAGGGAUGCAUCCAGGGCGUUCGCCUGGGGGUGAGGCCGGAUGCCCCUCCCCUUCCCCAUCCAUCAAAGUCUGUCAAGGUGGAGAAAGGCUGUAAUGCGGGAACUCCCUGCAGCUCCUCCCCUUGCCCCGCCCACAGCCUCUGCUCUGACCAAUGGGAGCGACAUGCCUGCAUUUGCGAGCCAGGCUACUACGGUAGGGGCUGUACGGACGCCUGCCACCUCAAUCCGUGUGAGAACACCGCCCAGUGUCACCGCAAGCCCAGCACCUCCCAUGGCUACAGCUGCGACUGUGGGGACAAUCACUACGGACAGUACUGCCAGCACAGGAUUGACCACCAGUGUCCCAGAGGUUGGUGGGGGUCUCCCACCUGUGGACCGUGUCACUGUGACGUCACUAAAGGCUUUGACUCUGACUGCAACAAAACCAGCGGAGUCUGCCACUGCAAGGAGUUUCACUAUUGGCCCCGGGGAAGCGACUCCUGUCUGCCGUGCGACUGCUACCCGGUUGGCUCCUUCUCCAGGUCAUGUGACCAGGAGGUGGGCCAGUGCCAAUGCAGGCCCGGAGUGAUUGGCCGACAGUGCAACGUGUGCGACAACCCGUUUGCCGAGGUCACCAAUUCAGGCUGCGAAGUGAUCUAUGACGGUUGUCCCAAGACCAUCACGCUGAGCAUCUGGUGGCCAAGGACCAAGUUCAACCUGCCGGCCGUGGUGGCCUGUCCUAAAGGAUCCAUCGGCGCUGCCAUCAGACACUGUGACCAGGAGAGGGGCUGGCUGGAGCCGGACCUGUACAACUGCACCUCUCCCCCCUUCGUGGAGCUCAACAUCCCCCUGGAGUCCCUGGAGCGCAACGAGACGGAGCUGAGCACCAUCGUGGAGAAGAAGCUGGCCCACCAGCUGCGCGAUGUCACCGAGGCCACGUCCCGUCUCUACGGCAACGACCUGCAGAUCGCCGAGCGGCUGCUGUCCCGCCUCCUGGCGUUCGAGACGCAGCAGACGGGCUUCGGACUCACGGCCACGCAGGACGCCCACUUCAACGAGAACAUUCUCCGCGGCUGCAGCGGCGUGCUGGGGGCGGACACGGCCGGGCUGUGGCGCGCCCUGGCCCAGAACCAGAACCACCCGCUGGCCGGGGGCCCCGGGGGGCUGGCGGAGCUCCUGGAGCAGUACGCCCAGACCCUGGCCCAGAACAUGAAGCUGACCUACCUCAACCCCGUGGCCUUAGUGGCCCCCAACAUAGUGAUGAACCUGGACCGCGUGGAGAACCACACCCACGUGCGCCGGCGUUUCCCCCGCUACCACGCCCCUCUGUUCCGCGGCCAGGCCCUGUGGGACCCCCACACCCACGUGGUGCUGCCCCCUGCUGCCCUGGUGCCGCAACGACACCAGCAGCACAGCUGGAAGGAGAGGGAGCGCAUGGAGAAAGAGCUUCCCCUGAGCGUCGCUCCCGCCCCCGUCAGCGUCUCAGCCAAUCAGACGGUGGAGUACGCCGCGGCCAGGCGCGCUGUUUCACUGCCCGAGCCGCCAAUCACCAUCGUGAUCCUGCUGAUCUACCGCAGCCUGGGGUCCGCCCUCCCUCCGAAGUACCACACUGACCGCCGGGGCGUCAGAUUGCCCAGACAUCCAGUAAUGAACUCCCCAGUGGUCAGCGUGUCCGUGUAUAACAACCAGACCUUUGUGGGCGGGCACUUGGACCAGCCCCUCCUAUUGGAGUUCAAGCUCCUGGCCAAUCGCAGCAAGCCUCUUUGUGUGCAGUGGAAUCACAGCAGCACGUCUGAGUCGGGGGGUUGCUGGACGGUGCGGGACUGCAUAGUGGUGUACAGGAACAUGUCCCACGUCCGCUGUCAGUGCCACCGGCUGGGAACCUUCGCGGUGCUGAUGGACAGCUCCCACAGAGAGCAGCUGGAGGGGGACCUGGAGACCCUGGCGGUGGUGAGCUACGCGGCGCUGGUGGUGUCCAUGCUGGCCCUGCUGCUCACCGUGCUGCUGCUGUCCUGCCUGCGCGGCCUCAAGUCCAACACGCGCAGCAUCCACUCCAACAUGGCCGCCGCCGCGCUGCUCUCCCAGCUCGUCUUCCUGCUGGCAUCAACCAGACCGAGCAGCAGGUGAGGGGCGGGGGGUCUGUGGGGGGGUGUGUGUGUGUGUGUGGGGGGGUGUGUGUGUGUGUGGGGGGGGGGGCUUUUUAUCUUGUAUUUGAUCAUAUCUAUACGCAUGUGAUUGAGAGAGGGUGAACUAGAGAGAGGGCGUGGAUGUGUGUGUGUGUGUGUGUGUGUGUGUGUGUGUGUGUGUGUGUGUGUGUGUGUGUGUGUGUGUGUGUGUGUGUGUGUGUGUGUGUGUGUGUGUGUGUGUGUGUGUGUGUGUGUGUGUGUGUGUGUGUGUGCACGCACACCCAGCAUGAAAUCGCGAGAUGGCCGUUGACCCGGCAUGUUUCACAGUACAGCGGUUUAUUACAGAGACACAAUCACAGCCGUUAAACCUCUACACCACACGAGCACUGUUACUACCCUGGGCUGCUCACAGUGUGUGUGUGUUUAAUCAGAUAGUUCUGUGUCUUCAUGGACUAUCUAAUUGAUAUGCCGUGUGUGUGUGUGUGUGUGUGUGUGUGUGUGUGUGUGUGUGUGUGUGUGCGUUUAAUCAGAUAGUUCGGUGUCUUCAUGGACUAUCUAAUUGAUAUGCUGUGUGUGUGU